CCGGAGGCUCUUUCGCUGCGCCCUGGACACCGUUGCUAAGGAAUCCCGAGUACGCGCGAGUGGGUCGGAGGCGCGCAGCUCGAGCGCUGCUCUCAGUGCUCAGACAUGGCGGCGGACCUGAACCCGGAGUGGCUGUCUUGCCUGCCUUCCUCGUGGAGUUACGGCGUGAGCCGGGACGGACGCGUCUUCUUUAUCAAUGAAGAAGGGAAGAGCACAACCUGGCUGCAUCCAGUCACGGGAGAAGCCGUCAUUACAGGGCACAGAAAAACUCCAGAUUUACCCACUGGAUGGGAAGAAGGAUAUACGUUUGAAGGAGCCCGUUGCUUUAUCAAGUGAGUUGGAGGUUC